AAGCCAAAAAUGCCGCUGAACACACAAGAAAUACUGGAAUUGAUAACUAUCAUCUGUGAGAAACGCAACGUGCAAGUUUGUGUGACUCAGUCCCUAAGAGGAGCUGCCAUAACUGCUGCGGGGGCAUUAUUUGGAAGCCUUAUUAUGGGUCCUUUGGGCUUAGUUAUGGGUGCAGUAGUGGCUCAAUAGGCGCCAUAUCAACAGGGGAAAACUAUCGUCCAUUGCCUCAGAUUCUGAUGAACGACAUCACGCAUGCGCAGAGAGAGGAGAUCACCAUCCGAAUUAACAGAGUCAUCGCAGAUUUGGAUGUCACCGAUUUGAGAACGGUCAUGAUGCUAGCUAUGUCGCAGUCUGUGUCAGAUGUCGUCAUCAGGGAGUUGGGAUGUUAUGUGCAACGUGAACUGUCUUUGGCUCUCAAACAUAAUUAAAUUAGAGGAAGUUUUUAAUUGUUAAGAUGUGGGAAGUUUCUUGAUACUAAUAAUAUACCGGUGUUUCAAAAAGAAUGACCCAAAGUUCGGAUGUUAUGUGCAACGUGAACUGUCUUUGGCUCUCAAACAUAAUUAAAUUAGAGGAUGUUUUUAAUUGUUAAGAUGUGAGGAGUUUGAUACUAAUAAUAUACCGGGUGUUUCAAAAAGAAUGACCCAAAAAACAGAUAUAUUUAAUUUUUUAAAUGGUGCACACAAACCAAUUUUACAUCAAAUCACUCACAGAAGUAUCAAGUUUAUGAUGAUGUAAAGUGUGCCCUCCUCUUGAGGCUCGGACGACAUCUAGACGGUAGCCAACUUCAUCCCAGACUGUUCGCAAGAUGUCUUCUCGGACUGUUGCUACUGCAUCAGUUACCCUGGUUUUUAUUUAGCUCUUCAAUAUCAAGGUGUCAAGGGAGGAACCUUAACACGAUCUUAACGUAUCCCCACAGGAAAAUCACACGGUGUUAUGUGAGGAGACCUUGGAGGCCAGGA